UCCCUCUAUCCUGCUCCAUUCUUUGCAUCGCAAAUCGUAAGCCGGUACGCGAAGACGUUUAUCUCAAAAAUGGAGUCUGUCAAGCCAAACAUAUUGCAAAUAAACCGUGAAGCAGGUUCUGCUGGCGGUUCAAAAGAUGUUGAAUCACUGUCAGAAAUAUUUGACAAUGCUUUUCGACUCUUCAACGGUAUUAACAAAACUGAUGAGGCAACGAACAGUCCUAAAGUUCAGGUACAUCAACGUCAUGACGAAUUCUGACGUUCGCAGAGCUAUGAACAUGUUUGAGAAAGCAACGAGAUUAGUCUCCAUGGCUAAUAUGUUCAGUGAGAAUGAGAGCUUUGACGAAGUAGCUACUGAGAAUAUCAAGUAUUUUCUUUUGCCAGCUCUACUUGGUUCUCUUACAUUGAAGAUAUGUGGUACGGAUGAUCGAACGCAUAUUGUCGAUGUGGCAGAGGUUUAUUUUAUUGACUUUCUAAACAGAGUCAAAGCCUAUGGAUUAACCGAUAUCCAGAUCCCAGAGACUAAAAAUGAAGAGCAUCAGGAUGAGACUGCUGUUGCACAAACAAAAUCCAAUUCUGAAUAUAUUACUGAAAUGGUAAACUCAAGAAACACGAAAUUGCAAAGAUAUCGAGAGCAAAAGGAAUUAGAAAAGAAUUUGGAGGUAUUCAGGAAAAACCUUGACAAUCCUAAUAUCGAUGAGGAAACCAAAAGGGAGUAUUUCGUUACCCUUCUCAAGGUUUAUGUGAAUCAAGCUAUCGAUGAACUGGCUUCUCUGGCAGCUGAAAGGCCACUGUUAGAACACAUGAAACAAUUAGGCCGCACUGACAGUACCGCUUCUCAACAUCAGCAUAAAACAAAAAUUCCUUCAGCAAAAUUAAAGCCGAUUAUAAUCACCCGCGACGAGGUUCAAAAGCAAGUUUUUGGAGCUGGAUAUCCCAGCCUUCCUGUACUCACGGUGCAAGAGUUCUACGACAAGAGAGUCAAGGAUGGAGAUUGGCCUGAUGCAUCUCAGCGUAAUCAAAUGAAUGGAACUUGUCUGCAAGACGUUACCAAUCCCAACAACGUCGAUAUUUCACAAGAGGAUGCAGAAGCAAUAGAAAAGGAAAAUAGAACUGAAAAUGAUGAUCCAGAAUUACUAGCUCAAACACGAGCCAUGGACGAUUACAAGGACACGCACAGACGCGGAUGGGGUAAUAGAGCUAAUAGAAGUUAAUCAUAUCAAACAUGAUUAUCCAGUAGUGACAUACAAUUCACUAAUGGCUUAUUGAUUAUCUCCAAGAAGUAACAAAUCGAAUAUCUAUUAUGUACUAAAUCAUAUGUUAAGUAAAAUAAAUAAAAAUCAACUAAAUCAAAAAUCUACAAGCAAAAUAUGAUCUAAAGCUAAGCUGCGCCUAGAACUCAUAAAGAAAGUAAACCUACUUGUAUUGACGAUAUUUCAAAUAAUUUGAAAUAAAAACUGAAAAACAAUCUUAAA